CUAUUUGGAAAGCUGGAGAAUGUGUAAAGGGGAUUUUAGCUAUAACCCUGCCUAACCUGAUUAGUUGGGCAAUACACAUCCUGAGUACAAAUACCAUCUCUUCCCCACGGGUCACUGCUUUCUCUGUCCUCAAGCCUCAGACCUCACAAAUUAGUCGAAUCAUCACUGCCAGUCUCUAAACAACAAUGAGUCAAAAACAGGUUGUCUUCAAGAAAAUAUCCAAGGAUAAGUCGGUUGGUGUGUAUAUGGGGAGGAGAGACUUUGUUGACCGUGUUGACUCGGUGGAUCCAGUGGAUGGCGUCCUUCUCGUUGACCCUGAACAGCUGAAAGGGAAAAAAGCGUACGCCACCUUGUCCUGCGCGUUCCGAUACGGCCGUGAUGAUACGGACGUGUUGGGAAUCUCAUUCAGACGAGAGAUCUACCUGGCCACCCGGCAAAUCUACCCCCCACUGCAGGACAAAGAGCAGGGCAUUCUCACCAAGGUUCAGGAUAAACUACUGCGCAAACUGGGUGACAAUGCCUACCCGUUUUUCUUUGAAUUCCCUGAUAACUUGCCCUGCUCAGUCGGAAUACAGCCAAGCCCAAAAGAUUCUGGAAAGUACUGUGCUGUUGAGUUUGAGGUGAAAGCCUUUUGUGCUGAGAGCCAGAAUGCAAAAGUUCGCAAACGGAGCACAGUAUGUUUGACGAUUCGCAAGGUCCAGUACGCUCCAGAGAACCUCGGACCAGCUCCCUGUGUGCAGACCACCCGUGACUUUCUCAUGUCUGACAAACCACUGCAUAUGGAGGCAAACUUAGAAAAACAGAGUUACUAUCAUGGGGAACCCAUCAACGUAACUGUCAAAAUCAGGAAUGACUCCAACAAAAAUGUGAGGAACAUCAUUAUCUCUGUGGAACAAAUCGCCAAUGUGGUGCUGUACUCCAAUGACAGUUAUAAUGAGACAGUGGCCAGUGAGGACUCUGGGGACUCUGUUGAUGCAGGCGCCAAACUGGACAAAGUUUACACCUUGCUUCCCCUCAUGGCCAAAAACAGAAAAAAGCAUGGCAUCGCACUGGAUGGAAAACUGAAGCAUGAAGACACAAAUCUAGCCUCUUCAAGCAUCAUCAAACAGGGAGUCCUGAAGGAAGUUCUGGGGAUCAUGGUGUCAUACAGAAUUGUUGUGAAGCUUAUUGUUGGAGGAAUUAUGGGAUCCAGUGAGGUUGGAGUGGAGCUCCCGUUCCAGCUUAUGCACCCGAAGCCUGACACAGUGAGAGAAAGCGAACUGGAGGAUGAAGUGGUGUUUGAGGAGUUUAAGCGUACCUACUUGAAAGGCACGGCCGAGGACGAGGAUGAGGGAAACAUAUCACCUGCCGAGAAUUGAGGAAUGCAUGUAGAAGUCAACCAGUUCUUAAAGCAUAAUUACAUAUUUAAGGCUAUUCAAUAGACAAUCAUAUAGAGAGCAUCACUGAAAUAGAGCACUGCUCUGGACUGUUAUUAGCAGAUAAAGCUAUUGUCAAUUUGAACAAUUUCCAAAUACAUGGUUCUCUAGAGACCAUUCUUCAGCUGCCUGACAUUUUGGUGUAUAUCUUUAGUGAUUUGAAAGAAACUGCUUUGCUGGAAUUUGGUGACUACACAACAAUAGUAUAAAACUACAUAGUAAAGUCCUAGCUGUGUGUUUUUUUUUA